AUGAAGCAAAAGACCCAUUUUGUCUGGGAGAUUGUUGAUUUACAAAUUACGUGUGAGGAAUAUCAGUUUCAGUGCAAAAACAGACUUUGCAUCCCUUCAGAGUGGAAAUGUGAUGGAGAAGAAGACUGUACUGAUGGAAGUGAUGAACAUUUCUGUGCCCAGUCCACUUGCAGUUCUCUAGAAUUCACAUGCUCCAGUGGCCGAUGUGUUUCUCAGACUUUUGUGUGCAAUGGGGAAGAUGACUGUGGUGAUGGAAGUGAUGAACAAGGGUGUCGUACACCUAUCUGUGGGCCACAUGAGUUUCAGUGCAAGAACUCUGAGUGUAUCCCACUGACCUGGGUGUGUGACAACAAUGCUGACUGCACUGAUCGAUCUGAUGAAUCUCGAGACAGCUGUGGCCAUACCCUUCCUCCUCCUGUGACCUGUUCUCCGAGUGAAAUGCCAUGUGAUUCAGGAGAAUGUAUCCACCGCCUAUGGUACUGCGAUGGUGGGAUUGACUGCAAAGAUGGAAGUGAUGAAGCUAAUUGUUCUGUUCAAACGUGUAGACCAGAUCAGUUCAGAUGUGGUGAUGGCAGCUGCAUCCCUGAAAGCUGGGAAUGUAACAAAAUGAUGAACUGCAUUGAUGGCAGCGAUGAGGUCAACUGCACAAAAGUUCCAACAUGCACAGGGCCUACUGAUUUCAAGUGCCAAAGCGGAGAAUGCAUACAAAUAAACCAAGUGUGUAACCGCUAUCUGGACUGCAAGGACUGGAGUGAUGAACCCUUCAAAAGUUGCCAUGUGAACGAAUGCUUGGACAACAGUGGUGGCUGCUCUCACCUGUGCAAGGAUCGUCCCAUUGGGUAUGAAUGUCAUUGUCCUGAUGGCUUUGAGUUGAUUGACCAGAAAACAUGUGGAGAUGUCGAUGAGUGUCAGAAGCCUGGAACUUGCGGUCAAAUUUGCAUCAAUCUGAAAGGAAGCUAUAAAUGUGAAUGUCAUACAGGCUAUCACAUUGAUCCAACCACUGGAGUUUGCAAGGGAAUAGGAACAGAGCCUUAUCUAUUCUUUACUGAUCACCACGAUAUCAGGAAACUAGGACUUCACAGCAAGGAGUACACAAAGGUAGCUCUGGAACUGAGAAAUGUGAUAUCGCUAGACACUGAUAUUGCUGCACAAAGAAUUUUCUGGGGUGAUUUGGGACAGAAGACAAUUUUCAGUAUGUCCAUAGAUAAACAAGAAGACAACCCAGUGUAUUCCAUUCUUAAGGGUUCCCAUAUUCCUGUGGGCAUUGCUGUGGAUUGGAUCUACAAGCACAUCUACUGGACUGAUGCCAGCAAUAAAACCAUAUCCGUGGCUACCUUUGAUGGAAUCAAAAUGAAGAUUCUCUUUGACACUGACCUCAGGGAGCCAUCUUCUGUGGCAGUUGAUCCACUAUCCGGGUUCAUUUACUGGUCAGACUGGGGUGAACCAGCAGUAAUAGAAAAAGCAGGGAUGAACGGUGUUGAUCGUCAGCUCCUGGUUACCCAAGAUAUUCAGUGGCCAAAUGGCAUUGCACUAGACCUUGUGAAUAGCCACCUUUAUUGGGUUGAUUCAAAAGUACACAGCCUGUCAUGUGUAAGCUUAAAUGGCCAGGAUAGAAGAACCGUGCUACAGUCUCAGGAAUUCCUUGCUCAUCCUUUCAGUCUCGCAAUAUUUGAGGAUCAUGUCUUCUGGAUUGAUGGAGGGAAUGAAGCUCUCUUUCGAGCCAGUAAGCUAACAGGAGAGAAUGUGGUGACUUUAGCUUCCAACCUGAAAGAACCUCGAGACAUCAUUGUGUACCAUGAACUAAUUCAGCCACCUGGCAUAAAUUGGUGCAAUGACGGUGUUACGAAUGGAGGCUGUGAAUACCUGUGUCUCCCUGCUCCUCAGAUCAACACUCAGUCCCUAAAAUACUCCUGUGUGUGUCCCUCUGGGAUGCAGUUGAAGGCAGAUGGACAAGUGUGUACAAAUGAUACCAGUAGAUGCCAUGUCAAUGAAUUCAGCUGUGGUGCUGGAUCUCUUCGUUGUAUUCCUGUCUCCUGGAAAUGUAAUGGAGGAAAGGACUGUGAUGACAGCAGUGACGAGGAUAAUUGUGCCCAGCCUUCUUGCAAUCCAUUAGAAUUCACAUGCUCCAGUGGGCGUUGUGUUUCCAAGACCUUUGUUUGCAAUGGGGAGGAUGACUGUGAUGAUGGAAGUGACGAACAAGGGUGUCGUACACCUACCUGUGGGCCACAUGAGUUUCAGUGUAAUAAUUUGGAGUGUAUCCCACUGACCUGGGUGUGUGAUACCAAAAAUGACUGUUCAGAUGACUCUGAUGAAUCUGCAAGCUUCUGUAUGCGCACCCUUUCUCCUGUAACCUGUUCUCCUAGUGACUUCCAGUGUAGUUCAGGUGAAUGCGUUCACCACCUCUGGCACUGUGACGGAGACCUUGACUGUAAAGAUGGAAGUGAUGAAGUGAGCUGCCCAACUCAAACAUGUAGACCAGAUUACUUUAGAUGUGAUGACGGCAACUGUAUUCAUGGAAGAAGGAAAUGUGAUGAGUUUAAGGACUGCAAUGAUGGCAGUGACGAGGUCAACUGCAAGAAUGUUUCAGAGUGCAAGGGACCAAAUGACUUCAAGUGUCAAAGUGGAGAAUGUAUAGACAUCGCCAAAGUAUGUAACCGUAUUCAGGACUGUAGGGACUGGAGUGAUGAGCCCUUUAAUGGAUGUAAGUUGAAUGAGUGCCUGGUGAACAAUGGUGGCUGCUCUGACAUCUGCAAGAAUCUGGUCCUUGGUUACGAAUGUGAUUGCCCAUCUGGUUUGGAGUUGGUUGAUGGAAAGAACUGUGGUGAUAUUGAUGAGUGCCAAAACCCUGGAACCUGCAGUCAACUUUGCAUCAAUUUAAAAGGAAGUUAUAAAUGUGAAUGUCGUGCAGGAUACCGCAUGGAUCCAGCUUCCGGAUUUUGCAAGGCAGUAGGAAAGGAACCCUACCUGAUCUUCACUAAUCGCCAUGACAUUAGGAAACUGGGACUCCACCACAAAGAGUACACCCAGAUAGCUGUGCAGCUGCGAAAUGCAGUGGCGUUAGAUGCUGACAUUGCUGCACAGAGGAUUUUCUGGCCUGACUUGGGAGAGCAGGCGAUUUUCAGCAUGUCCAUGGAUAAGUGGGAAGGCACAGCUGGUAUACCCAGACUGGUCAAGGGUGCCCAAAUGCCUGUGGGAAUUGCUGUGGACUGGAUCUACAAACACAUCUACUGGACUGAUCGUGGGACUAAAACCAUAUCUGUGGCUACCUUUGAUGGAACCAAAUCUAAGAUUCUUUUUGACACUGACUUGAGGGAACUAGCUUCUGUAGCAGUUGAUCCGCUAACAGGAUUCAUUUACUGGUCUGACCUGGGAGAACAAGCUGCCAUUGAAAAAGCAGGAAUGAAUGGUGGUCAUCGCCAACUCCUGGUUAACACCAACAUUCAAUGGCCAAAUGGCAUUGCCCUUGAUUUUGUGAAAAGCCGCCUCUAUUGGGUUGACUCCAAACUGCAUAUGGUAUCGAGUGUGGACCUAAAUGGUCAAAAUAGAAUUGACCUCUUCUCCCAGUUCCUCGUUCAUCCUUAUGCUGUAGCGUUCUAUGAGGAUCGUAUCUUCUGGACUGAUGGGGAGAAUAACACCAUCUAUGAAGCCAACAAAUUCACAGGAGCGGAUGUGGUGGUUUUAGCUUCUAGCCUUAAAGAACCUCGGGGCAUCAUUGUCUAUCAUGAGCUGAUGCAACCAUCUGGCAGAAACUGGUGCAAUGAGAGCUUGCAGAAUGGAGGCUGUGAAUUCCUGUGUCUCCCUGCUCCUCAGAUCAACAGUCAUUCCCCAAAAUACACUUGUGUCUGUCCAUCAGGAAAGAACCCAGAUAAAGGGGAACCAUGUAGAACUGCCAAGGUUACUUGCAGAGAGUCUGACUUCAGGUGCCACAAUGGAAGAUGUGUAAUUGGGAAAUGGCGGUGUGAUGGGAAUCCUGACUGCGAGGAUGGAUCUGAUGAAUAUCCAGAACUCUGUCAGACUAGUUCAUGCAAUAUCAAUGAAAUUGCCUGUGGCCCUGGAUCUCUUCAUUGUAUUCCUGUCUCCUGGAAAUGUGAUGGAGAAAAGGACUGUGAUGAUGGCAGUGACGAGGAGAACUGCGCCCCACUUACUUGCAGUCCAUUGGAGUUCACAUGCUCCAGUGGUCGAUGUGUUUCAAAGACCUUUGUCUGCAAUGGGGAGGACGACUGUGGUGAUGGAAGUGAUGAAUACAACUGCGUUCUUCUGGCCUGUGGCCCUCACCAAUUUCAGUGCAGCAGUUCUGACUGUAUCCCACUGAACUGGGUGUGUGAUGACAAUGCUGACUGUACAGACAAGUCUGACGAGUCUCCAGCCUUCUGUGGGCACACACUUCCCCCUCUUGUCACCUGUUCUCUGAAUGAGGUUCAGUGUGGUUCAGGGGAAUGUCUCCACCGGCAAUGGUAUUGUGAUGGCGACGCUGACUGCAAAGAUGGAAGUGAUGAAGUUGAUUGUCCUCCAAAAACGUGUCGCCCAGAUCACUUCCGAUGUAGUGAUGGCAGCUGUUUCCCUCAAAACAAAAAAUGCAACGGAUUUCAAGAUUGUGUUGAUGGCAGUGAUGAAGUUGAUUGUGAAAAUGGCAAGUAUAUAAAUCCACAAGUUAACCUUGACUUAUGAACUGUUAAUUUUGAAGCUCUUAACUAGCUUGUUCUUUCUGCAGCUGUAGAGUGUACAGGGCCAACACUAUUUGAGUGUGGGAGUGGCGAAUGUAUAGACUUUAACCUAGUAUGUAACCGUCGCCAGGAUUGCAGGGACUGGAGUGAUGAACCCCUCAAAACAUGUAAUGUGAAUGAAUGUUUUGUGAGCAAUGGUGGCUGCUCCCACGUCUGCAGAGACCUGGUCAUUGGUUAUGAAUGCGGGUGCCCUAUUGGUUUUGAGUUGGUUGAUGAAAGAAACUGUGACGAUAUUGAUGAAUGUCUCAACCCUGGAACCUGUAGUCAAAUUUGCAUCAACUCAAAAGGAAGCUAUAAAUGUGAAUGCCAAGCAGGAUUUCGCAUGGAUUCAGCUAAUGAGACAUGCAAGGCAGUAGGAAAAGAGCCCACCUUGAUCUUCACUAAUCAUCAUGACAUCAGGAAACUAGGUCUGCAUCACAAAGAGUACACUCAGGUCGCUGUACACAUGAGAAAUGUUGUGGCGCUGGAUGCUGAUGUUGCAGCCCAAAUGAUCUUCUGGGCUGACCUAGGAGAGUGUGCAAUUUUCAGAUUGUCCAUGGCUAAAUGGGAAGGAGUUUCCAAAAUAAUUGAUGCCCAAAUGCCUGUGGGAAUUGCUGUGGACUGGAUCUACAAGCACAUCUACUGGACUGAUCGUAGCGCUAAAACAAUAUCUGUGGCUACCUUUGAUGGAACCAAGAUGACGAUUCUUUUUGACACUGACCUAACGGAACCAGCUUCUGUAGCAGUUGAUCCUCUAUCGGGGUUCAUUUACUGGUCAGACUGCGGUGAACCAGCAAAGAUUGAAAAAUCGGGCAUGAACGGUGUUGAUCGUCAGCUUCUAGUUGCCAAAGAGAUUCAGUGUCCAACUGGCAUUGCAUUAGAUCUUGUGAAAAGCCGCCUCUAUUGGGUAGAUUCAAAGCUGCAUACUUUGUCAAGUGUGGACCUCAAUGGACAUGUUAGAAGAACCGUGAUCCAGUCUAAAGAUUCCCUUAUUCAUCCAUAUGCUGUUUCUGUGUUUGAGGAUCAAGUCUUUUGGACAGAUGGGGAGAAUGGAACCAUAUAUGGAGCCAACAAAUAUACAGGAGAAGAUCUGGUGGCUUUAGCCUCUAACCUUAAGGAACCUCAGGAUCUUAUUGUUUAUCAUGAGCUAAUACAACCAAUUGGCAUAAACUGGUGCAAUGAAAGUUUGAAGAAUGGAGACUGUGAAUAUCUCUGUCUCCCUGCUCCUCAGAUCAAUGGUCACUCUCCAAAAUAUGCUUGUGCAUGUCCAUCUGGCAUGCAUCUGGAGGAUGGACAGAGGUGUGGAUUGGACAUAAGAGCUUGUCCUAUCAAUAAGCUGAGCUGUGACCCUGAAUCUGUACACUGCAUUCCUGUUGCCUGGAAAUGUGAUGGAGAAAAGGACUGUGAAAAUGGAAGUGAUGAGGAAAACUGUGCCCAGCCAACUUGCAGUCCACUAGAAUUCAUGUGCUUCAGUGGUCGAUGUGUUUCUAAGACCUUUGUGUGCAAUGGGGAAGAUGACUGUGGUGAUGGAAGUGAUGAACAAGAAUGUCGUACACCUAUUUGUGGGUCACAUGAGUUUCAGUGCAAGAAUUCUGAGUGUAUCCCACUGACCUGGGUGUGUGAUGACAAUGCUGACUGCACUGACCAGUCUGAUGAAUCUCUAGAUAACUGUGGACAUACCCUUCCUCCUGUCAUGUGUUCCUUUAGUGAGACCCAGUGUGGUUCUGGUGAAUGUGUCCACCACAAGUGGUACUGUGAUGGAGAUGCUGACUGUAAAGAUGGGAGUGACGAAGUGAAUUGUCCUCCUCGCACAUGUAGACCCGAUCAGUUCACAUGUAGUGAUGGCACUUGUAUCCGUGAGGACUGGAGGUGCAAUGAAAUGUGGGAUUGUGUUGAUGGCAGUGAUGAAGUUAACUGUACAAAUGCUGCUGAGUGUCUUGGCCCAUUUGACUUCAAGUGUCAAAAUGGAGAAUGCAUAGCUGUUACCCAAGUGUGCAACCAACAGCUUGACUGUCAGGAUUGGAGUGAUGAACCUUUGUAUUGUAAUCUGAAUGAAUGCUUGGUAGACAAUGGUGGCUGCUCCCAUGUAUGUAGAGAUCUCCCUAUUGGCUCAGAAUGUGAUUGCCCAUCUGGUUUCAAGCUGGUUGAUGGGAAAACAUGUGGAGAUGUUGAUGAAUGCCUGAGCCCUGGGACCUGCAGUCAAAUUUGCAUCAAUUUAAAAGGAAGUUAUAAAUGUGAUUGUCAUGCAGGAUAUCUUCUGGAUCCAGCUACUGGGCUUUGUAAAGCAGCAGGAAAAGAGCCUUAUUUAAUCUUCACUAAUCGCCAUGACAUCAGGAAACUAGGAGUCCACCACAAAGAGUACACCCAGAUAGCUGUCCAGCUGAGAAAUGCAGUGGCGUUAGAUGCUGACAUUAUUGAACAGAGGAUCUUCUGGGCUGACUUGGCAGAGCGGGCAAUUUUCAGCAUGUCCAUGGAUAAGCAAAGUACCAAUGGUGUUUUCAAAGUCAUUAGUGGUGUACAAAUCCAUGUGGGUCUCGCUGUGGACUGGAUCUAUAAGCACAUUUACUGGACCAGUUUGGAUAUUCAGGCAAUAUCUAUGGCUACUUUUGAUGGAAACAAAGUGAAGACUCUCUUUGACACUGACCUAAGGGAACCAGCUUCUAUAGCAGUUGAUCCAAUAUCAGGGUUCAUUUACUGGUCAGACUGUGGUGAGCCAGCAACAAUUGAGAAAGCAGGAAUGAAUGGUGCUGGUGGUCGCCAGCUCCUAGUUACCAAAGGGAUUCAGUGGCCAAACGACAUUACCCUUGAUCUUGUGAAAAGCCGUCUCUACUGGGUUGACUCAAAGAUGCACAUAUUGUCCAGUGUGGACUUAAAUGGACAGGAUAGAAGAACGGUGGUCCAAUCAAAGGAAUUCCUCACUCAUCCUUUCGGUGUUGCAAUAUUUGAGGACCAUGUUUUCUGGACAGAUUGGGAGAAAAAAUCUGUCUACGGAGCCAAUAAGUUCACCGGUGAGGACAUUGUGAAUUUAGCCUCAAACCUUAAGGAACCUCAAGACAUCAUUAUUUAUCAUGAGCUAACUCAGCCACCAGGUGAAAACUGGUGCAAUAAGCACUUUAUGAAUGGAGGCUGUGAAUACCUCUGUCUCCCUGCUCCUCAAGUACAUGGUUAUUCUCCAAAAUACACCUGUGUGUGUCCACCUGGAAUGGAACUAGAACACGAUGAAAAACAUUGUAAAGCAGUUAAGACUAAGUCAUCUAUCUGGUAA